CAGGGGUAGAGACCAAGCGGCUCUCACCACUCACAUUCUGACAACCUCAGUGCCCCCGGCGUGGGCCGUCCCUGUGGCCAACAGGGGCCUCGGCGGAAGGGCAGUCAGCUCUGCAGGGAGCAGCUGGCUCGCAGUGGCCCGGGCAGACCCGAGGCAGCAGCUCCACUGCAGCUCGUGGGGUCCUCGCUGUGGGGCCUGCAGCCCGAGGGCAGCUGGUGGGCCUGGCCAGGGACGAGCUAGAGCCCCGUGGGGUUGCCGCUGCUGCGCUGGUGGAUGAAGUGCCUCUCGCCAUGUUUAGACACUGGCCCCGCUGGCUGGCAUCAGGUGGGCAGGAUGGGCGUGACGUGGCUGAGGAUGCUGUGUCCGUGCAGAUGCUGGAGGCGCGGAGUGAGUCUGGGGCCGGACUCCCGGGGACUGCUGGGGCUGAGGCCGGCAUGGGCCAGGCAGCGAUCCCGUCCUCUCUGUGGGCACCUGGACGUGCAUGCAGAGCCCAUGCCAGACCCCAGCCCAGCAGCCCAGGCAGCCACCGUCUGACCCCACGGGGCAGGUGCAUGGGUACUGCCCUCGGCGUGGCACAGCCUCCCAGCCAGGCAGGGCCGCAGCGCCCUGGGCAGCUCAGGUUCGGCCGAGUCGUGCUGAGGGACCUGGUCCUCCCUGACUCUUGGCCUCCGUGGCCACUCUGUACACACCCCUUCUCCGCCCACAGAUUCUUUGCCUCUCGUUUUCUUGAUUUCUCCUCCUUGUUGGCUUUUAUUUGGGGGCUGGCUGGGCCAAAGGGUCAGGAAUCUGCCUUUUGUCCUCCCACUUGGCGUUCUGGUUUGGCACUAUGAAUAGUUUUAAGUUUUUCUGUGCUGAUUGUAUUUAUUGUAAACCCCUGGCUGGUGUGGGGGAAAAAAGUAAGCUUGUUGUAGGUUUUCUAGAACCCUCUGUUGUAUAUACGUGCACUCUUCCUGGUGUCUCUGCUGCCGGGCACGGGAACGGCCUCUUGUUGCUGCCUUAGUAGCUUUUCUGUGAGCUGCUCCCUCCACCCCAGCGGCCUCCUGUCGUCCCCGCCCCGUGUGCACUCCGCCCCCGUGUGCGCGGGCCGGCUCUGUGCAUUUGCUGCCGGGUCCCGGUUCCUGGUGCCUGUGCAGUACCGUGGACAGAUGGGACCUGGCCUGGUGCAGCUCGGCUCUAGCGGACUCCCUGUCACAUGCUGGGAGCUGCUCUUUACUUUGUGACAUUCAGUGUUUGGUCUGUGAAUUGAGUAUCUCACAGGUCAGCUGGGUUUCGUCCCCAGUUGAUGUAUUCGUUCUUACAGCAAAGUAUGAGGAGAGCUGCUCUUGGGGGCUCUGGACCCUGUGGGGCCCAACCAGCCUGUUCCCCCAACCCUUUACGAAUAGGCCGUUGUAACUUAAACUCAUGUCCUUAUAUUUUGCUUGUUUUGUAGUUCUGGGAUAUUUUCCUCGUAUAAGUGGAUUGUGAAAUGUCAAGGAACAAAUGUUUUCAAUUUUAACUUAUCGUUAUGGAAUUUCUCCUGUGUAUUGAGGCUGUUUUAUCCGUGACGGGAUCGGUUUGAAGUGUAUGAUUUAGGUCAGUGCUCACCUUGAUUCCGCCUUCUUUUAUAGACGAUGCAAGAGGGUCACCCUGCUAUCAAGAUGACGACGGCCCGGUUUCCAGGACAAGACGCAGGUCUUUGCCACGUCAGUUCGUGUCUGCGCCGAGAAGCGGGUCGUGGCGGGGCUCCUGGCAGGUGGCACGCCACGCCCUGAGAUGAGGUGGCGUGCUCUCCACGUGCCGUAGUCUUCGGUCAGGUUUAUGAUCAGCCACAUUCAUACGCGGCUCGAAAGAUGGAAUUAUUUUUUAAAAGCUGAAGAUAACGUACAUUUGGGGGCACAAAUGACCCUUUGGAUCAGGUCUUUACCCACCUAAGUACAGUAGCACGCUGUACGACGUGGCCAUGGAGGCCGUGACGCGGAGCCUGCUCUCGGGCCGCGGCGUGAGCUCCAGGAAGAAGUCUCCGGCCUGGAAGCACUUCUUCAUCUCCCCCCGGGACAGCACGAAAGCCAUCUGCACGUACUGCAUGAAGGAGUUCAGCCGAGGGAAGAACGAGAAGGAUCUGAGCACCAGCUGCCUCAUGAGGCACGUGAGGCGGGCACACCCUACGGUGCUCGACCAGGAGAACGGCGGCCUGCCGGCCCUGCCCUCCCUCUCGCCCCCUGCACUGCGGCUCCCGCCACAGCCCGCCGACGGCGGGGACCUGGGCGCCGUGCCGUCGCCCAUCAAGCUCGCCCCGGCGCUGGCGCCCAAGGUCCCGUCCCCCGAUGAUGUGACGGAGGAGUCUGUGUCUGCGGUCUCGUCUGAAGAGGGCCCCUCCGACGGGUGCGCCCCUGACAAGUAUGGCAGGGGGGAGGCCCUGGGGGGGCCGCCGCACCUCCCCACCCUCCCCUGUGAGGAGAGCGCAGAGAACGGGGUGGAGAAAAACCCGCCGCUCCCGAAGAGCACGUCGGGGUCCAGGAGGCGGUCGGCCGUGUGGAAGCACUUCUACCUGUCGCCCCUGGACAACUCCAAGGCGGUGUGCGUGCACUGCAUGAACGAGUUCAGCCGGGGCAAGAACGGGAAGGACCUGGGCACCAGCUGCCUCAUCAGACACAUGUGGCGGGCGCACCGCUCCAUCGUGCUGCAGGAGAACGGCGGGGGCACCGGCAUCCCGCCCCCGUACGCCGCGCCCCCCACCCUGCUACCCGCCCUGCCGCCUCCCGACGGAGACCCGAGCUCCGUGUCCUCCUCUCCUGGGAAGCUGGUCCAGGAGUCCCCUUCGGCGUCCUCCUCCCCCGACCGGCUGACUGAGGACCUGCAGGUGCAUUUGAACGCCGGAGAGGCGCCGAUGGAAGACGCGUCGGCGCUGUCCUCCGACGACGUGGGCGAGGCCUCUGUGGCGUCCUCCCCCGAGAAGCCGCAGGCUGGCGGGGCGAGCCCCGGUCUGCCGGAGUGUGGUGCCGUGUCCCAGCAGACCAAGAAGGUCACGAGGAGGCUGAAGUCGGGCGUUUGGCAGCAUUUUUCACUGGCACCCACGGACAGCCUCAAGGCGGUGUGCAGACACUGUGCCUGCGUCAUUAGCCGGGGCAAGAGGGGCGACGUGGGCACCAGCUGCCUGAUGCGGCAUCUCUGUAGACGCCACCCGGAGGUCGUGGGCGGCCAGAAGGGCUCUCUGGGCGCCAGUCUGGCCGGUUCUCCCUACGCCACCUUGGCUUCCGCAGAAGGUCCCUCCUCCAAAUUGACUGACUUGCCAACCAUGGUUACGAAAAACAAUCAGGUUCUCUUUCCCGUCAGCAGCAAGAAGACCUCCAAGCUGUGGAACCACUUCUCCAUCUGCUCCGCAGACCCCACGAAGGUCGUGUGCCUGCACUGCGGCCGCACGAUAAGCAGGGGGAAGAAGCCCACCAACCUGGGCACCAGCUGCCUGCUGCGGCACUUGCAGCGCUUCCACAGCAGCGUGCUCAAGACCGACGCACCCAGGGCACCGCGGGCCUCCUCGCCCAGCCUCCGGGGGCCCCUGAGUGCGCAGCUGGCGGGAGCGUCCUCCUUCGAGGACGCCAACGAGAAGUUUUAUGAUUCUCAUCCAGUUGCCAAAAAAAUCACAAGUCUCAUAGCGGAAAUGAUUGCACUUGACCUCCAGCCAUAUUCUUUUGUAGACAAUGUUGGCUUUAACAGGCUGCUCGAAUACUUGAAACCUCAGUACUCUUUGCCCUCACCUUCCUACUUCUCGAGGACAGCCAUCCCAGGUAUGUACAAUAAUGUGAAACAGAUCGUCCUGUCGCACCUGAAGGAGGCGGAGAGCGGCGUGAUCCACUUCACGUCCGGAAUAUGGAUGAGUAACCAGACCCGCGAGUACCUGACGCUCACCGCCCACUGGGUCACCUUCGCGUCGUCGGCCCGGCCGUACUGCGAGGACCACCACUGCUCGGCCCUGCUGGACGUGUCGCAGGUCGACUGUGACUACAGCGGCAACAGCAUCCGGAAGCAGCUGGAGUGCUGGUGGGAGGCCUGGGUGACGUCCGCCGGCCUUCAGAUCGGGAUCACGGUCACUGACAACGCGAGCAUCGGGAAGACGCUGAGCGAGGGCGAGCGCGCCAGCGUGCAGUGCUUCAGCCACACGGUCAGCCUGGCGGUCAGCGAGGCCCUCAAGAGCCAGCGCAUGGUGCAGGGUCUCCUGAGCAUCGCCCGGAAGCUGUGCGAGCGGGUGCAGCGGUCGCCCAGGGCCAAGGAGAGGCUGGCCGAGCUGCAGCGGGAGUACGCGCUGCCGCAGCACCACCUGCUGCAGGACGUGCCGUCCCGCUGGAACACGUCCUUCCACAUGCUCGAGCGGCUCAUCGAGCAGAAGCGUGCCAUCAACGAGAUGUCCAUCGAGUGCAACUUCAGAGAGCUCAUCAGCUGCGACCAGUGGGAGGUCAUGCAGUCCGUGUGCCACGCCCUGAAGCCCUUUGACGCCGCGAGCCGCGAGAUGAGCGCCCACGUGUCCACGCUCGGCCAGGUCAUCCCCAUGAUCCACAUCCUCAGCCGCAAGGUCGAGAUGCUCUUCGAGGAGACCACGGGCAUCGACACCAUGCUGAAGUCCUUGAAGGAAGCCAUGGCGAGCCGGCUGGCGGCCGCCCUGCACGACCCCAGGUACAUCUUCGCCACGUUGCUGGACCCUCGCUACAAGGCCUCCCUGUUCUCGGAAGAGGAGGCGGAGCAGUACAAGCAGGAUCUAAUCAGGGAACUGGAAGCGCUGAAUUCUACCUCAGAGGACGCGCCCGUCUCCAACGGGUGUGACGCGGGCUCCCCCUCGCAGGCCGCGGUCGGGGAGGACAACCUGUGGUCCCUCAUGGCCAAGAUGACGAAGAAGGGCCCCAGGGAGAAGACGAAGGUGCCCGAGGACAUGGUGCUGGCGUACCUGGAGGAAGAGGUGCUCGAGCACGGCUGUGACCCCCUCACCUACUGGAGCCUGAAGAAGUCGGCCUGGCCGGGCCUGGCCGCGCUGGCCGUCAGGUUCCUGGGCUGCCCCCCAAGCAUCGUCCCUUCCGAGAGGCUGUUCAACACGCCGACGGAGAACGGUAGCUUCGGCCAGUCCAGGCUCAUGAUGGAACAUUUUGAAAAACUCAUCUUUUUGAAAGUGAAUCUUCCCUUGAUAUACUUUCAGUAUUGAAACUGGCAGCCGAGCCGCCGGACGAAAACCGUUGUUGCUCAUCGGGCACCGGCCGUCUGUCCCGGGUGGGGCGCACCCCGGGAGGGACCGUGUGGGAUGAGGUGGCACGAGCCUCACCGUCUGGCGUCACUGUAAUGUCUACGUGUGCCUUACUCCCAGUCCUGUGGGCCGGGCGUCGCCGCGGGCUUCCCACAGGCCGGCAAGGAAGAGCCUGUCUUGCCGAUGAUGAAAUACGAUGAUUAGGGUUUCAUUCAUAACUGUAAAGUUUUUUUAAAGUGGGGGGUUAGUAAUUUGUUUUCCUAGAACGGCAGAGGAGAUGUAAACAAUUUUAUUCUGUAGGCUUUUUAUUCAAUUAUGUAAAAACCACAAAUCAGGUACUGUAUUGUAGUUAAAAAUUGCUUUAAUUCAACAGAACAGCUUUUGUGGCUGUUCGAUGAAAUCUGUAAAUAGGAGGUGGAGCUCAAGCCAUCCCGCUGAGCAGUUUUUAACUGCAGGCUCUAAAGUAUGUCGAGUACAGAGGAUAUUCUGGAACAUAACUGGUUACGGCAGCAGAGGUGUGGCAUUUGAAGAGGAAACUACACUUAGACGUGUCCUGGAAUGUCGUUUCUGCGGUGAUCCGGUAGCGCGUGCCCGGUCUGUGCUUCCGCGUUCAGGGUUCGUGUGGUCGACCCUGAUCACGAGCCUCGGACCUGCUGUCUCGACACCAGGAAGCUAUCUUUUGAGAUUUGUGCACUGACCCCACUGACCCCAAUUUGAUCAAAUUAUGUAUAAAAUUCUUUUUAGAAGAGAUGGCUCAUUAACAGGGAGGAGAUCAUUAUAUUGCAGUUGUAAGAAUAGCCUUAGGCGUCUAGAUUUUUUUUAUAUAUAUAUAAUAGGGAAGAUUUAGCCAUCGCUGGGGUGCUUUAGAAUCCCAAGGACAGCAGAAUGAAGCGUCAGUUGUCAUUCUUUUAACAAUGAUCUGUCUUCAGAACUUGUGCUGCAACAUCUAGAAAAGGGUUCAUUUUCUUACUUCAAACCAAUUAAAUAUUCUGGAUAAACAAGUCACUCAUUUGCCUAUGACCUUUUAGAAAAGUUGUUUUGUUAAAAAAAAUACCUGUUAUUAAUCUGGAUUUGCAUUGACUAUGUUUUAGUGUAUUUAUAAAUGGUGAACUCAGUUUUUGAAAUUAAACUUUUUAUUUGCAAUUUUCUACUGCUGGACGACACUGGCUUUUUAUUCUGCGGAUGACAGGAGGGUCCCGCUCUGGGGAGCCACACUCGUGCAGCCUCCGGAGUCAGAAUUUCCGUCUUGGCCCCCGACCUGGGUUGGGGAUGGCAGAGAUGUGAUUCUCACGUCAGGGACAGCGUUUCUGAUGACAGAGCGACACGGCGAGACCUCCAGGUCCCGUGUCCACAGCCAGUGCUGUUGUGUAUUGGGUGCCGCAGGGGAAGAGCCCGUGGGCAGCACAGGGUGGCCUCCACCUUGUGGCCCACGCACACCCUUCCCGUGCCUCCCAGCUGCGAGGUGGGGCACGUGUCCCCCGAGAGCAGCCUGUGUUCAGACGCCCAAGGAGCACCGGCCAGGGACAGACUAGAGAAUCGUGCUGACGUGGGGCUUCCGCGCGAAUCUCUGUGAGUGUGUGCACGGAGUGAUGCUCUGUGUGGGCCUUCGCCCGUUUGGGGCUCCGCCCGCCGUCGGUCUUCCCCAGCCAGGAUCUAACCGAGCUGCAGGAAGCGAGUGCACGAGUCCAGAACGGCUGCUUGAAGCUCAGGUAUCGGAGCCCAUGGCUUUCCCGGAUGAGGAGCUCUUGUGUCUCCGUUUUGCACGUGAAGAGCUGCACACGCCUGCCGUGAGUUCUGGGAGCCGAGGGGGGCUCCAGUGGAGUGCCGGGCGCUCACAUGCGUGUGCGUGCACUUGGUACACUUGUUGAGGGUCCGACCGCGCAAGGACAGCGAGCUAUGGGCUGGCGGCCUGUGCCAGGACUCCCCAGCCUGUUGGUGUUGGGGGAGGCCGCCCCCCCCCGCCAGAGCAGGGCUCCAGCCCCAGAGGCGCUUGGGCAGCCCCAUCCAGUCGGCUGUGGGGCUGCGGACGGAGGUGACUCCACUGCCCAGCCGUCCUGGCUGCGGGGCUGCGCGUGGGCAGGAGGGGCGACCUGCUGGGCGUCGCGGGUUGUGCCCUGAAAGGAGAGAGCAGAGGAAGUGCAGGAUACAGAUGAUGUUCACUCAGUGACCCGGCGGCCCUCCUUCCCCUGCGCCCCGGCCAGCCCCUGGCACAUGGUGGCUAAUGUGGACAUGGUCCCUGCUCAUCAGAGCCCGUGGUCUAGGCCGCGUGUCUGUGGAUCUUUCUUGGAGCGCAGCCCUGGCCGUCCAUCCGGUCGUUCCUGCAGACGCCCCAGGCCCGCAGAGCACAAGCGUUUGCAGCGCAUUGGUCCUGUUGCUUCUGAUGUGGUCUACUUUUCUGUCCAGCUUUUAAAACCUGUGGCCUCGAGCUGCUGUUGUCCAGCGAGGCAUGUGGGUGACUGUCUGCGUGGGAGCUGUGGGAAGGGGCUGCAGAGCACGUCCCCCAGGCACUGGCCCCAAGGAGGUGGCCCCUCACACAUUCAUCCCACCCUGUGGCCGCCGGGUGGUUCUGGAACCGUGGCGCCGUCCGGCACUGCGGGAGUGGCAGACUGUCCAUGUCCUCGCGUGGCUGACGGUCCCACAGGAAGGCAUGGCUGACGUGGACAGCGGUGUGUGAGGAGGACAGUGGCCAGCCUGAUGAGGACAGCAGGUCUGCUGUGAGAUGUCCCGCUUUCACUCCAUUCAAACCUGAAUCACAAGCUGCUUGUUUCAGAUGCCAGAUGACGUUUUGGGCGGGCUGCGUGACUUCUCUGGUCACUGCUGAGAAAAAGCCCUUUGUAUGAGGUCAGGGUCUCCUUUCAGUGAAUAUUGUAUGUUGAUCAAACCCUGGACUUUUAUAUUUAAUGUUAAAAUUCCCUUCCCUUCCCUUCUGACUUCGAGGCGGCAGCUGGCGGCAGACUGGGCCUCCCCGAGAACCAUCAACCAGAGAAAAUAGAGUUUUAGAAAGAGCUUUCCGACAGCAGGAGAGAGCAGAUACCCCGGGAUCUGAGGAAGCAGUCCCAUCGAGCAGAGUCCCCCGUAGGGAUGCCGGCUCGUGUGCAGAAGGUGGUAGCCCGAGCCAGCCGCGGUGGCCCCAACAGGGACGUGGCCAGGACUCCAGGAGCCCAGGUGCUGGAGAGCGGGGAGCCUCAGGAGGGGCCUCGUGUGGGGCCGCUGCCCGGAGGCAGGUGCCGACUCCUGCGAGGUGUGCGUGCCCGGGACGGCAGCUGGGAGCUAAACAGGCGCCCCGUGUGGGAGACACGACCUCGGGGGCUGCCACUGCGGGGGCCCCGGGUUCCAGGGCUAGCGGGAGACCAGCCAGCACACAGUGGGCUCGAUUGCAUCAGGAAAAUGUAAAUUUCUUUCAGUGAAAAUAUCCAGAGCGUCUGUAACUUCACGAUUCAACCUGACUCUCAGUAAGAAAAUACAAGACACACCAAAAAAAAAAAAAAA